GCAUCAGCUGAGGAGCGCAGUCACAACCAGAGGAACCCGCUGCGUAAAGACGGAGGAGGAAGACGAACGAGCAGAAGGAUUACUACUGACUCUAAUAGAGAGAAAGAGCAAGGAAAAGUCCAGCUGGUGAAAGGAGGUGAUAACAUAGAAAAUUUGACAUUAUUUGGGGUCAAGUUGGACACACAGGAGGACACACAGGAGGACACACACGGAGCUGAAACGCGUCUGGAGAAGUCUCUCCUUGGUGAACCCACGUGCUGCUGAUCUGCUGCUGCUGCCUCAAGAUGGCAGGUGAUCACAGAUAACUGGGGGAAAAGUUAAAGUCACACAUCAAGGCGAAAAACUCUCAAUUUGUGACUGACAUCUUGCUCAGAAACAUUCCUAAUUAACAAACAAAGCACCAAAAACACGAACAAUGGCGUCCUACAGCCCCACCCCAACACAAGAGGCAAACAAUGGCGGCCCCCCAUCUGUAAAGUCCGAAGGCUCGGGGGAGUCCAUGAAGCUAAAAAAGGAGAUCUCCCUCUUGAACGGGGUCUGCCUGAUCGUGGGGAACAUGAUCGGCUCGGGGAUCUUCGUCUCACCCAAGGGCGUCCUCAUCCACAGCGCCUCCUACGGCCUCUCACUGGUAGUAUGGACCAUAGGGGGGAUCUUCUCUGUGUUUGGGGCCCUCUGCUACGCCGAGCUGGGGACCACCAUCACCAAGUCAGGGGCCUCCUACGCAUACAUCCUGGAGGCCUUCGGGGGUUUCCUCGCCUUCAUCCGCCUGUGGACGUCGCUGCUGAUCAUAGAGCCGACCAGCCAGGCCGUCAUAGCCAUCACGUUCUCCAACUACAUGGUGCAGCCCAUCUUCCCCACCUGUAUAGCUCCAUACUUGGCCAACAGGCUGCUGGCAGCGGCUUGUAUAUGUUUGCUGACCUUUGUGAACUGCGCCUAUGUGAAGUGGGGCACCAGGGUCCAGGACUUCUUCACGUACGCCAAGGUCAUCGCUCUCAUCGCUGUCAUCAUCACCGGCCUGGUGAAGAUCGGACAAGGUCACACACAGAACUUCGAGGGCCUGUUUGAGGGCUCGUCUCAGGACCCAGGAGGCAUCGCUCUGGCUCUGUACUCGGCUCUGUUCUCCUACUCGGGAUGGGACACCCUCAACUUUGUCACAGAGGAGAUCAAGAACCCAGAGAGGAAUCUGCCGCUGGCCAUCGCUAUAUCCAUGCCCAUAGUCACUGUGAUCUACAUCCUGACCAACGUGGCGUACUACACCAUCCUCCCUAUGAAUGCAAUCUUAGACAGCGAUGCUGUAGCUGUGACGUUUGCAGACCAAGUGUUUGGUGUCAUGAACUGGACUAUUCCUCUCGCUGUGGCUCUUUCCUGCUUCGGAGGGCUCAACGCCUCCAUCCUGGCUUCCUCCAGGCUGUUCUUCGUGGGCUCCAGAGAGGGCCACCUGCCCGACUACCUGUGCAUGAUCCACGUCUUCCGCUACACUCCUGUCCCUGCCCUGCUCUUCAACGGCAUCAUGGCUCUGAUAUACCUGUGUGUCGAAGACGUCUUCAGACUGAUCAACUACUACAGCUUCAGCUACUGGUUCUUUGUUGGUUUGUCCAUUCUGGGGCAACUGUAUCUGCGCUGGAAGCAGCCAGACAGAAAGAGACCACUCAAGCUCAGUCUCUUCUACCCCAUCGUCUUCUGUCUCCUCACCAUCUUCCUGGUAGUGGUGCCGCUCUACAGUGACACCGUCAACUCGCUGAUCGGUAUCGGCAUCGCCCUGUCAGGAGUGCCCGUUUACUUCCUCUGCUGCUACACUCCGGCCAAUAAGAGGCCACUGUGGUUACGGAGCGCCAUUGCUAAAUCUGGCGUCUUCAUUCAGAAGGUGUGCUUCUCCGUACUGACCGAAAUGGAUAAGGACGAGUAGACGUUUGGUUUCAACACUCUGCCGGAGUCUGACGACGCACAAAUGUAGAACCUGAAGUGAUCCCGGCCAACCGCUGCCGCCGCGAGGCCUGGAUGGACGAAGCAUUUGGGCUUGAGCUGGACCCAGCUCUCCGACCUGUCAACCAUCACCCGGUGCUCACGUUAAUGAAUGUAUGAAUGAUGGCGCCCGGGUGCUCGUUGGCAACACUUCACUCUAGCUGACUUCAGAGGGAACAUUUCAAUGCACUCCUGAAGAAAUCAACACCUCUAUUACAGAACAUUAGCAGAGAAUUAUUUAAUUAUGUAAAGACAAGUAUGUUGUGUGCACAUACAUGUAAUACCUUUUUGAUUUUACUGGGAGGUGGCAAAUUAUUAUAUGGGGAGGGCAGAACAUCUUUGAAACUAAAAGCAUAUUAUUAUUAAUAUUUGCACAAAGAAAAUCAAACAGUAAAAGAGAUUAGAAUAUGUUCACUAAUGUGGGGGAAAGUUUUAUACAUAUAUGUCCACCGUGAGGUCUAGUGAAGGGCUAUUUUUACACAAAUUAACUUUUUGUCUGACUCAAACACGGGCUGUUAAUGUAAAAAAGUUUGAGACAGUCGAGUUGCAAACAUGUAUUUAUAAUAAAAUUACUUGUUGACAACA